GCUGCCUCCCGGGGAGCCCCCGCCGCCGCCGCGAUGAGUUUCAGCCGCCUGAGUCGUCUGCUGAAGCCAGCGCUUCUCUGCGGGGCCCUGGCCGUGCCCGGCCUGGCCAGCACCAUGUGCGCGUCCCGCGACGACUGGCGCUGUGCUCGCUCCAUGCACGAAUUCUCAGCUAAGGACAUCGAUGGGCACAUGGUUAACCUGGACAAGUACCGGGACUACGUGUGCAUCGUCACCAAUGUGGCCUCGCAAUGAGGCAAGACAGAGGUAAACUACACUCAGCUGGUCGACCUGCACGCCCGAUUCGCUGAGCGUGGUUUACGGAUCCUGGCCUUCCCUUGCAACCAGUUCGGGAAGCAGGAGCCAGGGAGUAACGCCGAGAUCAAAGAGUUCGCUGCCAGCUAUAACGUCAAAUUUGACAUGUUCAGCAAGAUCUGUGUGAAUGGGGAUGAUGCCCACCCACUGUGGAAGUGGAUGAAAGUCCAGCCCAAGGGGAGGGGCAUGCUGGGAAAUGCCAUCAAAUGGAACUUCACCAAGUUCCUCAUUGACAAGAACGGCUGUGUGGUGAAGCGGUACGGUCCCAUGGAAGAGCCCCUGGUGAUAGAGAAGGACCUGCCGUGCUACCUCUAGCUCCACAAGUGUGCUCCCCCGACCCAAGCCUGCCGCCUGUGCCCCUCGGAGCCUUCCACCCGGCAUCCAUGAUGGUCUGCCUGAA